CUUUGGAGUGGUGCUGCUGGAGCUGCUGACAAGGCAGAAGGCAGCCGUGGAGGGCACCGACAGCCACAUCAGUGACUGGGCGGCGCGCAAGGUGCAGGUGUACUCGCUGGGCGAGCUGAAGGACGCGGGGCUGGAGGCGCCGGACGAGGCGGUGGUGGAGCUGGCAGACAUCGCACUGGACUGCCUCAAGGUUCCCGCCUCGCGCCGCCCCCCCAUGAAGGACGUCGCCCGGCGCCUCCACAACCUCCUCUCGCAGUACUGUGGUGACGAUGGCGAUGAUGUCUCCUCAGUUGUUGAGCCUAGCUUGAGGAUGGAGGGAGGGGGUGUGAAGGGUGAUGGCGGCAGCAGCACGGACACGUUUGGGAGGAGCGAGUGGUCGGAGGGAACGAGGGGAACAUCUGCUUCUAGGAGCCUCAUCCAUUCGCUGUCGGAGAAGUGGAAGAUGAUUGAGUAG